GGCUGCACUCGACGUUGAAAAGCACUCGGAUAGCACAAAUGCAUCUCAUUACUUCGCAGACGGUAGAAAGUCGAGGAUAUCGAGAAGCCAAAAAGGAAAGUGUUAACUCUUCGUCCAGUUCAAUUGUCCGUAAGAUAAUUUUGGACAUGAGGGCCACACCAGCAGAUUCAAUCGCACUGAUUCUUCUACCCUUCGCGCUGUUCUUCGUGCAAGUCAUCGGUAACAGCAAUGAGCGGACGUUCAUAAAACCAAAUGGCCAGAAGCCGCAAUUCGUCUCGUUCGACACUAAAGGAGGAGAGGUCGAAAUCAAUUGGGAUGUGUCAGUGCCUUUCUUCACAAUACCGCUGAAUCACAUAGGCGAGAAUGGAGAGGUGUUACCACUGCUUAAUGUUAACACGAGAGGAUUGUCGAUCGCUGGUGUAUUAACAGCCAUUCUCACGUUAGCGGUGCCCCUCUUGUCGAAGCCAUCAGGCCCGGGCAUGAAUUAUCGGAGUCUCGACUCCCAGUGGUUGCAAAUGGGUGAUACGAUAAACGAGAUCGUAUUUAGCAAUCGGUUUAUCACACCCUGUGUGCAGCGCAUCGUUUGCACCGUCGUUUCCGAGGCGAAACAUUCCGAUAGUCCUUCGAGUACCGACAAGAUCAUCGAUGGCCUGUCAAGUCACAAGUGGUUUAAGGAUUUCACGAACGGCACAAUACUUCAGGAAGCUAUUAGGAUAGGGCAAGAAGGGAACCACGACUGCGGCCACGUUUACAAGGAUUGCUUCGUGACACCAAAGAUCCUUAAAAAUGUGAUGGUGCAAUUCGGUGCAAUUUGAUGUCGCGACGUUCAACGUUCUGCAAUUGUAAAUUGUAUUAUUGAUCGCGAGGUGGGAUUUGGUACCCUUUUAUGGUCACACACCUUCUUAUUGCAUGCAAAACAAACGGUGCAUCGCGAAUGGCUUUAAAAAAAUUUUGCAAAAUACCCCUCUGAGUUUGCGAAUCUGUCUCACGUUCAAUUUUGAAACCAUUCGCGGUGUAACAAGCGAGUUACAUCAGGACAGUUGAUCUUCAUUAUCCUGAUACACGAGGUGUGAAAUUUCGUGGCGUUUAAGAGAAACCUCGUAGCGUAUUUAGAUGACGCGCUUUCACUUUUCCUUUUACACAAAUCGUUAGAAAAUCACUGCUAUUUUAACAAACAUAACGAGUCUAGUGUCAUAUACGUAGAUUCAUUCCGUCAAUUUCGCUUAAAAUAAAUGAUUUUAAUUUCUUUGUAACAACGUGAAUAAAAUUACAAAGAUUUGCACCUAUGGGAUUUUUGCACGUUUCUUCUUCUGAAAAAAUUCGAAUUUUUUUGAAAAUUAAAGACAUCUGA